AUGCCCGGCAUCGACGGCUUCGAGCUGACCCGCCAGGUGCGCGCCCACCCGGCCUGGUCGGACCUGCCCGUGCUGAUGAUCACCUCCUCCGACGACAAGCGCGAACAGGCCGACGCGGCCGGCGUGACCCAGCUGCUGGGCAAGCCCUACUCGGAAGAAGCCCUCAUCGCCGCCAUCGAGAAGGCCCGUCUGGCCGUGCGCGUGCCGGCCUGA